CUUUACUGUGACCCAGGCUAUUUCACUUCCUCGUGUAACGUGAACUGCAGUUCCCAGAACACAUCGAGUGGUCACUACACCUGUCAGGCCGGCACAGGGAAGAAAAUCUGCAUGCAAGGCUGGCAUGGCACGUCGUGUAGUGACGAUAUAAACGAGUGUACCCUGGGGUUCUGUUGGAGGGGAAACUGCACUAAUCUACCUGGUGACUACAUGUGCACCUGCCCACAAAACUACACAGGAAAAAACUGCUCAGUGUUGAAGAACCCAUGCCUGUCAACCUCUUGCCUGAAUGGAGGAACCUGCUACGCCCACCCCACAGAGUACACCUACCUGUGCAGGUGUCCUGCAGGGUGGGAGGGAAAUCACUGUGAGACGAGGACAAAUCCCUGCGACAGUCAGCCAUGUUUGAAUGGCGGACUUUGUAACAGCGACUCAGCUAACGGAGAAAAUUUUACUUGCUUGUGUGUGGGGAAACAUGGUGGCGCUAGCUGUGAACAAGUGCUUAAUCAGACAGUCACGCCCACAACAAAUGGCAGCUACGGCACGUCUACAGUUGGAAUCAACAUGAAAAGUAGCAGAUCCUCGGUGCCAAACCAGCAAGAACCCACGGAACCUAUGGUUUUACCAACAUGGGCCAUUACUCCUGUAGCUGCUGGUGGUGGACUUAUUGUUUUCGUCCUGGUUGUUACCCUUGUACAUGUCAUCAAAGGGAGGUCUAAGCUGUUUGCUCGGAAUGAUUCAGCGUCUAAACCAGAAAUUUUUCUCGUGGAAUCGUGUGGAGCACAGUUUAGUGCCGACAUAAGCAGCGGAGGCAUCAAAGCUAAAAAUACGUGA